GUUACUUAGUGUUGUUAUUGUCACGUGACCAUUCCUAACUCCAGCCGCUGCUUGAAAGUGCUCGAAGUUAUGAUGAAACCAGGAGAAAUGAAACGUUGUGACGUGUGGCCGAGAGGUUUAUUAGUUAAACUUCACUCCGUCGGUCUGUGUUAAGGUUCCUCUCAGGCUUUUCUGGUGAAAAGCCGCUUUAAACCAGAAGCUAACUUUACUGUCGGUGGGGUUAGCAUUAGCCGAAGCGCCUUCAACGGAGGAAGAACUGAACUCACAUCGUGUUGCUGCUUCCUGUCAGGCUGGUUUCAGGAUGAACAGGAGAUCGAGGUCGUCCCAUCUGGGCUUGCUGAUGCUGGGCUCCCAGCUGCUCCAGGUGGGCCUGGACAACAUCCCCCCGGUCACUCUGGCUGUCCUGGCUCUCAACGUUUACCUUUACCUCUUCCCAGCAGCUCCGCUCCUGAGGACCUGUGUGAGCGUCCAGCAGGCGUACUGGCAGGGUGAAUGGCGGCGGCUGCUCCUGUCGCCGUUCCACCACGCCGACGACUGGCAUCUGUACUUCAACAUGGUGUCUCUGCUGUGGAAAGGGAUGAACUUGGAGCGGCGGCUGGGCACGACCUGGUUCAUCUACGUUCUGUCCGUCUUCUCCGUGCUCACCGGGGCGGUGUACCUGCUGCUGGAGGCGCUGCUAACAGAGCUAGCUGACGACCAGUCCUACAGCCAGGCCUGCGCUGUCGGCUUCUCUGGUGUGCUGUUUGCGCUGAAGGUGCUGAAUAACCACUACCACCCCGGCAGCGUGAUAUACGUGAUGGGGCUGCCGGUGGCUAGCCGCUACGCCAGCUGGGUGGAGCUCAUUCUGAUCCACUUAACGGCACCUGGGACUUCGUUUGUGGGUCACCUGGCAGGGAUCCUGGUGGGUUUGCUCUACACGUCCGGACCGCUCAACAGAAUCAUGAGGAAAUGUGCAGAUUUGUUCAUAUCAAACGAACACGGAUCACAUCGCAACUACUACAGAUCUUCUGGCACAUCAGGUUAUGCUGGCCAGAGUGGAGUACACUAUGGAUACUUUCAUGACCCCCCAGGUUACCACACGGCGUCGUACACCGGCGGGUUGACGGAGGAGCAGCAGCUGGAGGCGGCCAUCAGAAACAGUCUGCACGACCGAGGACGAGGCCAUGACCGACGAGGUCGUCCGUAUCGUGACUCCUCUGAUGAUGUCAGCGCCGAGGAGAUGAGGUGGAGGAGGAGGAGGCGGUUCGACAGCUGAACUCUGGUUCUGGUUUUGGUGGAAGGAGGAACAGACUGAGGAGGAUCGCUCUGAAUAAAGCGAUCAAACGUCGGCGUUUCACCACCUUCUGUUCUUUCCUGAGUCUGUUAUUAAUGAGCCAAAGAGAGCCGAUUCUGAGCUUAUAUAUUUUGUUAAAACCAGAAGACGUGCAGCUUCUGAGCUUCGACUGCAGGACCAACUUUGGAGGUAAAAGUGAAAAGAAGAUUUCUCUUCCUUUUUAACUUCAACUGAACUCUGGUUGGUUUGGACAGUUUGCUUAUAAAAAUCAUCAAACAUUUUCCAGUUUCAUAUCAGACUGUCUGUUAGACAGACUGAUAUAUAAAAAACAGAGGAAUAAAUGUCUGAGAAAAUAAACUCUGAAAGUCUGAAAUCAGUCUCAAAUUUUCUAGAAAAAAAAAAACAUUUUGACUCAAAAUUUUGGGAGAAACUCAAAUUCUCAGAUUAAUCUUAGAAAUUUUGUA